AGUCUUGCACAGGUGUACCGGCUCCUCCCCUUCAGUCUUGCACAGGUGUACCGGCUCCUCCCCUUCAGUCUUGCACAGGUGUACCGGCUCCUCCCCUUCAGUCUUGCACAGGUGUACCGGCUCCUCCCCUUCAGUCUUGCACAGGUGUACCGGCUCCUCCCCUCCAGUCUUGCACAGGUGUACCGGCUCCUCCCCUUCAGUCUUGGACAGGUGUACCAGCUCCUCCCCUUCAGUCUUGCACAGGUGUACCGGCUCCUCUCCUGGACUGAAAUGACUUAAUUUGAUUUCACUGCACACUGGGAGCUUCUUACAAUGUGCAUUAGAAGCUGCAGCAAGUCAGAUAGAGCUCCACCUCAUUUUCUGGCUGGUGGACGUCCAGCAUCAUCUAGCCUACAGGUGUCAAACACAAGUCCAGCGAGCCGAAUCCAGCCCCCCAGGCCAUUUCAUGUGGCCCUUGCACCUCUCCUGCAGGUACCUCCUUGUCUCCACCCCCACCUUGUCUCAGCAGCAGAGAGGAGAAUAGAACUCCUC